ACAGCAAGCUAGCUCGCCGGCUGCUGCUAGCAAACCCUAGCUGUUUACCAUUAUCGCGAGCGAGCUAACCGCGUUAGCCAAACAUUGCUAGCUGCGACAAAAACCCUAAAUCGCUAACUUGUGCUUUCCCGCAACGUUUCUCAGACGUGUGCAAUGCAUUUUCUGACUACCGUUAGCGCGAAUUCACCUGGUCUGCUGUCGAUGUUAAAGCACAAUGAGCUCGUCUGCAGACAUUUAUCAGACAUACCAUGACUGGAUUGACAAGCCAGGCUAGCAAACGUUAGCUCAAACUUUGACAUUGCCCACAUGCAGGCUAGUCCUCCUCCGGGCCUGCUGCAGACCGAGCAAGCUGUUAAAUGCUCCGUGCAAUUUCUAACAAAGGGGCUGAAGCGUCAAGUCUGCGAGUAUUGCAUACAUAUUGUGUGAAUGUUCUCCUCAAUUUAAGAUUAAAAUAGUCAGGAUUUCGGCUGCUCACGUUAGCAUUUUCCAUUUUCAUUCAUCAGCUGAUAGCCGUGCAGUGAAUGCAGAGUUAUUAAAAAUGAUAUGCGGCUGAAGUCCAAUGUAAUCGAUUGAGAUAUGGCUAUUUGUGAAUUUGGCAGAUAACUGGUCGCCACUGACAUGUUCAGUCCAGACAUGUGGUCCAACUGGGCGGGGAAGUGACUGGUCUGAGGGCUGAGGCACCUCACAUCAUCCUUUUGUUAAAACUGACUGACCAAGAUGAUUUAAACAGCAAAGCAACUGUUUAUUUUGACUAUUUUCUUCUGCAAGGAAUGCAGGCAAAUCUAUGAGUGCCCCAUGUAUGUCCUGCCCAGCAGCUGCCCUGUUCUGGCUGUUUGUUUUAAAUCAUGAUUCAUCUCAGAAUACUUUCUAUGAUGAAGCUGCGGUGACUCAUAAAUGUCCUUGGUUAUUCCGCAGAGCUUUUUCCACCAUGUAUUAUCGACAAACCGGACCAUUUGACGUUGUGUAAUAACAAAUGAUCACGUGUGAAAGAAGAGGAAAACAAUGUGGAAUUCAACUCGCUAUGUUGUGCAAUGAUCUGUGCCGGGAGAAUAACCUGUUGAGGCAAAUGAUGGAGGUCAUCAAACAGGCCGGCAUGUUUAUUCUUGUUGAUAUAUUUUUAACCUGCCGGUUUAACAGUUGCCCAGACGUAAAAUGAAAGCCGUUUCAAGACUGCGUUCACCUUUUAUUACUAUGAUCUGGAGCUAAGUACAUGAUUUGCAAUCAAGUUUCCUCUCUUAAUUUCUCAUUUAGUAGAUGCAUUCAUUCUUAGUAGAUGUUAAAAAUCCUUGACAUCCAAGUUGCAUGUUUCUUAAUACAUACCUGCAAACUUGUCACCUUUCGGUGAAAUUCACCGUUUUGAAUUCAAAAUAGGUCAUCCACGUGAAUCGUGGAGAUCCGAAGAGUUUUUUGGGGGGGGGGGUCACCUGGCCCGCUGCCGUUGAGAUUGCAGUGAGACGCAGAGAAAAAUGUGAAGUGGUGCUCUUCGCAAUAAAACAUCUUUGAUGGGGCGUGUCGAGUCUCGGCCAAUCAGCGUUCAGAUUUCGACAUCGUUUGGUGGUUUAGGUUAGCUUAAAUGUUAGCCCGCUACAUCUGCUGCUGUCACGCUGCACGGUGUAGCGAUGCUAACAAAGUACCCGUACGUUAAACACCAUGUGAUUUAGCAUAUUUUUAGGAUCGAUACUUCAUUAAGAGAGCGAUCAGAGCGCACGCGCUGCUCCGUGUCGAGCUGUCUGCGCACACUGCGCUGCGCAGCUCACAGCGAGAGAAGUGGCGGAGCUUAGAGACUUCGGCUUAACAAAUACAAAGAUGCCAGAAGUGAAAUGUUUGUCUGUAAAGUUCUGUAACUCUACAGCUGCUCAUCCUGAUGAACUGUGGAUCAUCUGGUCAGAGACUAACGGCCUCAUAGUGUAUAAUCAAUGCUAUGAUGGAACCAUGUAGUUUCAUUCAUAUCUGGCUGUAUUAAUACUAAUAUUACUGUCAUUUAGGUGUUGAAAAAGUUGGUAAAAAGUGAACCAUACAGAUGUUUUAUUUAUUACUAUUAUAGAUAAAUAUACCAGUCUCGUAUUUAUGGUACCAUAUUGUUUUUAUUGUAUUGAAUUCUGGUAUCGGGUAUCAUGAUAUUUAUGGCAGGUAUGUAAUAUGUAUAGAAGUUAUAAUAUGAGUAUCGUGACAAACAGGUAGAGACAGAACAGAUUCAGGGAGAAGUCCAUGAGGACUGUUCAGGCAACAAAAAGGAAGUUGGUUCAUGAAUGACUUUAACCAUAUUAUAUAUAAUGACAAUGUAUAUUUGUUAUUACUAUCAUUAUAGGGCUGAGUCAGAGCGGAGGACCUUUUGUUCUUAAACUGUUUAUUAUCAUUAUUUAGAUUUGUGGUCAGAACAAUAAAAUGACUGUAGUUGUGGUUCUAAAAGCUUUGAGGCUUCAAACAACGUGGAUGUGGUGUGGUGACAACAACAAAAAAGAAAGUCACCUGCACCCCCCCCCCCCCCCCCGUUGUCACCUUUUUCACCCCUCAUGAGUUUGCAGGUAUGUUAAUAAUAUAAAAUGGAUUUUGCCUCCUUAAUGUGCCCAAAGCAUAGCUGGCAUUGCCGGUAUCAGGUGUGGAACACUUCAGGUAUACCUAUAUCUUGAGUUUAGCUUCCUUGAGAUUGAAGGGUCCUAUUUGAUAUCAAUAUAAUUGUCUUUUUAAGCAGGACUUCGAGACGCUGUGAGAGGAUAUGUGACUUCAUCUCAGCGUCCUUCCAACAGAGUUUCAACUAUCCCACUCUGCCUAAGAGUGCCAAUGUGCUGAAACAAAUACGUGAAGGAUGUGCAACUAUUUGUGCGAGUAUCAACAAGGACCGGUCCAAGCGCACACUGAGUACACUGAUUUGACUCUCCACAUUGUGUAGUUAAUUACUGCUCCGGCACUCUAUCCUCACGUCGCACGGCAGUCAGAUUCUUGCGAUGACGCAAUAUCGCGUGAGAAUCGCAGGAUCGCGCAGAACUGCGCUUGAAUGUUUAUUUACCCUUCUUUUGUUUUCCAUCUCUGCAGGACCUGGAGGUGACAUGCAGUGGUGCUUCUCUCAGGUGAAAGGAGCCAUCGAUGAUGACGUAGCUGAAGCGGACAUCAUAUCCACGGUCGAGUUUAACCACACAGGGGAGCUGCUCGCCACGGGAGACAAGGGGGGCCGUGUCGUCAUUUUCCAGCAGGAAAUAGAGAAUAAGAAUCAGCCUCAGUUCCGGAGCGAAUACAAUGUUUACAGCACUUUCCAGAGCCACGAGCCGGAGUUUGACUACCUGAAGAGUUUGGAAAUAGAAGAGAAGAUCAACAAGAUCCGCUGGCUUCCUCAGAAGAACGCGGCUCAGUUCCUGUUGUCGACUAACGAUAAGACAAUCAAGUUGUGGAAAAUCAGCGAACGAGACAAGAGACCAGAGGGUUAUAAUCUCAAAGAGGAGGACGGACGCUACAAAGACCCCAACACGAUCACGGGACUGCGGGUGCCAGUUUUAAUACCCAUGGACCUCAUGGUGGAAGCCAGUCCGCGGAGGGUGUUCGCCAACGCUCACACCUACCACAUCAACUCCAUCUCGGUCAACAGCGACGACGAGACGUACCUGUCCGCAGACGACCUCCGCAUCAACCUCUGGAACCUCGAGAUCACCGACCGCAGCUUCAACAUCGUCGACAUCAAACCAGCCAACAUGGAGGAGCUGACGGAGGUGAUCACGGCAGCGGAGUUCCAUCCGCUCCAGUGCAACACCUUCGUCUACAGCAGCAGCAAAGGAACCAUCCGCCUGUGUGACAUGAGGGCGUCGGCGCUGUGCGACAAGCACUCAAAGCUGUUUGAGGAGCCGGAGGAUCCCAGCAAUCGCUCCUUCUUCUCCGAGAUCAUAUCCUCGAUCUCGGAUGUGAAGUUCAGCCACAACGGACGCUACAUGAUGACCAGGGACUACUUGUCCGUCAAGAUCUGGGAUCUGAACAUGGAGAGCAGGCCGGUGGAGACCUAUCAGGUCCACGAAUACCUGAGGAGCAAGCUGUGCUCGCUGUACGAGAACGACUGCAUCUUUGACAAGUUUGAAUGCUGCUGGAAUGGCGAUGACAGUGUGGUGAUGACCGGCUCGUACAACAACUUCUUCCGGAUGUUCGACCGCGGCCAGCGGCGGGAUAUGACCCUGGAGGCCUCCCGAGAGAACAGCAAGCCCAUGCAGGUCCUGAAGCCUCGCAAGGUGUGCGCGGGCGGAAAGCGCAAGAAGGACGAAAUCAGCGUGGACAGUUUGGACUUCAACAAGAAGAUCCUCCACACGGCCUGGCAUCCCCAGGACAACAUCAUCGCCGUGGCGACGACCAACAACCUCUACAUAUUCCAGGAUAAAGUGAACUAACGGCGCGACGGGGCUUCGAACGCGAGAUCUGUCGCGGGUGUCGUUGUGUGUACCACGCCCCGCCCCCUCCCCCCACCCCUCGCCGCCUCGUCCAGGGUGACCUGCGGUAACGCCGGCGGUCAGCGUCCCUGUGUCCGUCGCUCCCGGGUGACCAGACUUUGCCACUUUGUUCUAGAUGUGGACAGAGGAGGCCUCGCUCUUGCCCAUCAUCAGCCCGUUAGUGGCAGAGUAACACCUGCCUUGUUGUUUAAGCAAUGUUGUGCCAAUUCCUCCCCCCGUGUCCCUGCUUCCCCGCCCCGCCCCCUUUUUCUUUUUUUGCCAGCCCACCUGCCCUUUUCUUCCCCUGGGGUAACAUGGGUAAACAAGUUUAAUUUCCUUCAAAUUCUGAAUACAGACACCUUUAUUUUUAUAACUUCCCCCUCCCCCCUUGGUCCUGUGGUAGAAAAUGGAAGAAAAAACCCCCACUUAAUUAGUAUGUCCCCGUAUUGUCCUUUGCCAUUGUGGUGUUUAUUUUUCUAAGAAAAAAAAUGCCUCUUCUCCUCCUUUUUUUUUUUUUUUGUAUACACCUUUUUUUAUUAAUUCAUCUGUUGUACUGUUAUAGUAUUCUUUGAGUAUCUUCACAUGUCACCCCUCCAUUCAUUAAACCAAUGCGUACUCAACUGUCACAGUUGCGGGACCGCAACAACUUCAGCGGUUGCCACCGCCCCCCCCCCCCCAUGUCCUGUCAUCUUAAUGCGUUGGUUCCUCUUCCUCUUUUGGUUUGUGUUUGACAAGUCAGGUAUGACAGAUGGCCUAAUCAAAGAUAAUUAUUAUGAUUGUCAUAUUUAUAUUAAGAGCGAGAAGAAAAGAAAAAAGUUAAAUGUCACCAGAUUUGGUUACGUCCCAUUUUGUGAAAUGAAACUGGACCUUUACACUUUUUAUUAUUUUGUUGUCUUUUUGUUUUGUUUUUUAGUGAUCUUGAGUAUUGUCUUCCCAUGGUGCACCGCGGCUCCGAAGCAGUACUUCACAACAGGGGAAAGAAGAAGAAAAACACUGGACUCUUUGCUGCACCAAUUUAAGUACUUGGAUGUGUUUUUUGAAAGUUUAAAAAGAAAUAACAUUUGAGGCAUUAAGUCACUUAAAGUGUUUGUUUUUUGUGUUCAAACUACUGCAGGCGUUAUUACUGCUACUGUGUGUACUGGUACAAUAAGCUGCGCAAGGAUUUGCAGCGGUUGAUGUCUCCACGCGUAUUUAAAAAAUGUGGACAGGUCAGACUAUGUUGAUGCCUCUAGUAAUGUAUAACUACAAUUUUAAACUAUGACAGUGAAGAUAAUAAAGGAACUACUUUUUGCA